AAAGAUUAUGAACGCCGGCUCAUUCUUCCUCUUCGGGUCGACAUCUCGGCUUCUGAGUGACUGAGUAACUAGAAGAUUUAAAAUGUCACAACCUACACGCCUGUAUACAAAAGGCAUUGUCCUUGGCUACAAGAGAGGCUUGCGUAAUCAGCAACCAAACACCUCCCUUCUAAGAAUCGAAGGAGUAGCUGCCAAGAAUGAAACAGAUUUCUACCUUGGCAAACGCGUUGCCUUUAUCUACCGUGCCAAAAGAAAGUCAGUAGCCAAGGGAGAUAAGAAAGCCAGUAAAGUGCGAGUAAUGUGGGGAAAGAUCACAAGACCUCAUGGAAACAGUGGUGUUGUACGAGCAAAGUUCAGGCAUAACCUUCCACCUAAAGCAAUGGGUGCUACUGUUAGAGUGAUGUUGUACCCUUCAAGGAUUUAAGUUGAAUUCUUGUGCUCUACAGUUGUACAAAUAAAAUCCCUUCAUAACAUAUUUAAGUUGUGA